GAAUGCAAUUCAAUGCAUAACAUGUGUUGCACUCUAUUGUCAACAAAAACGUGACUUUAUUUACGCCAAAAAAAUCAUUUGAAAAGUGGUAUCAAAUUAAGACAUUUUUCAUACAAUUUAGUGAUAAUUAAAGAAGUGAUGGACGACGAGGCAGAGACAUACAAAUUGUGGCGAAUAAGAAGGACUAUUAUGCAGUUAUGUCACGACAGAGGAUAUCUGGUGACACAAGAAGAGUUGGAUCAAACACUGGAACAAUUCAAAGAGACAUACGGAGACAAACCAAGUGAGAGACAUCCGGCCAGAAGUGAUUUGAUAGUACUCGUCGCCCAUAACGAUGACCCAACAGAUCAAAUGUUUGUCUUUUUUCCCGAUGAGCCAAAGAUUGGUAUAAAAACAGUGAAGAAUUAUUGUCAGCGAAUGCAAGAGGAGAACAUAACUCGAGCCAUAAUUGUUGUUCAGUCGGGAAUGACUCCUUCGGCCAAACAGGCGCUCACAGAUAUGGCCCCCAAAUAUAUUUUGGAACAGUUUCUUGAAUCUGAAUUACUUAUUAAUAUUACUGAACACGAGUUAGUUCCCGAGCACAUGGUUUUGACACCUGAAGAAAAGGCAGAACUUUUGGGAAGAUAUAAGCUUAAGGAAAAUCAAUUGAUGAGAAUACAAGCCAGUGAUCCGGUCGCCCGUUAUUUUGGACUUAAAAGAGGACAAGUAGUGAAAAUUGUCAGACCAUCCGAAACAGCCGGCAGAUACAUAUCAUAUAGAUUAGUGGUCUAAAUGUAAUCUCCGAUAUGACAAUUUGGGUUCAUAUUUAAUAUUAAAAAAUUAAUUACAACAAAA